CUCUCCAAGUUGUCAACACAACAUGGCUGAAACAUGGACGCCACAAGGCUGCUCUCUUUAGGACACGGUCAAGGGGAAACUACAGUCUAAUUAAUUUACGCAAGGGUUUAAGCGUCGAAUAGCCACAUGUUUAUCCUAUUUUAAUACAGGGCUUGUUUAAUUUAGAGACCGAAUAAUGCAGACCAUUACAAGGGCGAGUGUAGCCCUGAACGGUUUUGGACGGUGUGUAUUUGCAGAAAAGCACUUCGCGGCUGUAAAAACAAUCAGCCGAGGACUAGUGUGUGCAGAACAUGGCAUCGAUAGUGGCAAAAAUGAGGUUUAUGAUGUUAUAAUAUCAGGGGGAGGGAUGGUUGGCUCUGCAAUGGCAUGCUCCCUAGGUAAGGACCCCAAUUUAAUGGGCAAGAAGAUCCUUCUUCUUGAAGCAGGCAACAAGAAAGUGAUGGAAGAAGUUCCUGACAGCUACAGCACCAGAGUCAGCUCCAUAAAUCCAGGCUCUGCUACCGUCCUGAGUGGUAUUGGUGCAUGGGAGCAUAUCACUAACAUGAGAUGCAAGCCCUACAAAAAGAUGCAGGUUUGGGACGCCUGCUCUGAUGCCCUGAUCACAUUUGAUAAGGACAAUCUGGAGGAGGAGAUGGCCUACAUCGUGGAGAACGACGUGGUUGUGGCAGCACUGACUAAACAGCUGGAUGGUCUGUCUGAUAACGUGCAAGUCAAGUACCGGUCUAAAGUGGUGAAGUACACGUGGCCUGUGCCGCACAAGGCAGUGCACUCCAUUCCGUGGGUGCAGAUCUCAUUAGCCAGUGGGGAAACUCUUCAGACCAAGCUGCUUAUUGGCGCUGAUGGACCCAACUCCAUGGUGAGGCGAGAAUUAGGGAUCCCCACAGUCAAGUGGAAUUAUGACCAAUCAGCUGUGGUUGCUGUGUUGCAUCUGUCAGAGCCCACAGAGAACAAUGUCGCAUGGCAGAGGUUCCUCCCAACAGGACCCAUUGCAAUGUUACCGCUGUCAGACACAACAAGCUCUUUGGUGUGGUCAACCAGUCAUCAUCUUGCUGAGGAGCUCCUGGAGCUGGAUGAGGAGUGCUUUGUUGACGCCAUCAACUCCGCCUUUUGGAGCAACGACAACCAAUCAGAGCUGGUCGAGACAGCCGGGUCUCUGUUCCGGAGCGCCCUUUCAGCCAUCAUGCCGUCUGCAGGCUCACCUCGCCAGCUGCCCCCGAGCGUGGCAAGCAUCGGCCCCAAAUCCCGCGUCAUGUUUCCCCUUGGCAUGGGCCAUGCAUCUGAGUACAUUAGGCACAGAGUGGCACUCAUUGGGGACGCUGCCCAUCGUGUCCAUCCUCUGGCCGGUCAGGGAGCCAACCUGGGCUUCGGGGAUGUGGCUUGCCUCACACAGCUACUGAGCCAGGCCGCCUUUAACGGGAAGGACCUGGGAGCAAUACAGCACCUGUUAGAAUAUGAAACCGAGCGUCAGCGGCACAACCUACCCAUGAUGGCCGCCAUUGACCUCAUGAAACGACUUUAUUCCACCGACGCUGCGCCUGUGGUUCUCCUCCGCACCUUCGGCCUGCAGGCCACCAACAUGCUCCCGUCACUAAAAGAGCAGAUCACGGAGUUUGCAAGCAAGUGAGGCCAAGCACAGCAACUUCAGAAUUGUAAAAAGGAAAUAAAAGUACAUUUAAUAAAGAUUUAUUUUACUGA